GAGAUGAAAGCCGUUAGAUCCAGAUCCAACGUCCCUUCAUGCAACCAAGCCGCAUCGGGAGCCCAUCCCCUAAGCCAAAACCCUCCGGCAACCGCCGCCGGCGGCGAUGGAGAGGAUCCCAGCGGCGUCUGCCAUGGACUGGAGCAUCGACCUCGACAGAGGCCUCCGCUCCCGCCACCAUGCCACGCGCGUCCACGCUCUCGACGCCGCCGGCCCGCGCCUCCGCCAGCUCUGCACUUCCCCCAUCGUCCCCGCGCCCGUCUCCUCCGCGUUCGGCGUCCUGCCCGGGGAGGCGCGCCUCUUCGCGGAGACCAUACUCCUCCGCCUCGCCACCGAGUUCAGGACCGCGGACAGCGCCCUCCGGGCCCGCAUCGUCAGGACCCUCCUCGCCGCCGGGGGACGCGGUGCGCUGGCCGGGGCGCGCGUCGCAGAGCCCGACCAGCUGCUCAGGAGGGUCAAGGCGGUCUACGAUACGGGGAGCGCACGGGACAGGGCGCUCGCGCUGCGCGUGUUCGGAUGCCUCGCCGACAUCGCCAAGGACAGCGUGCACGUCCGCUCUCUCAUACUCUCCAGCUUGGGCGCCACCAGUGCUCUCGAGGUGAAAGCGGCAUUGCUUGCAGCUGGUUGCAUUUGUCGGCUAUCAGAGGACUUCUCAUGCAUCAUCCUUGAAGUGCUAAGAAGAUUGAUUUGCUCACGGAGAUCAAAACCACAAGUGAUUCUGGCAGCAAUUAAGGCUUUUCCGAAGCUUGAUUGUACGUUGGCUGUUAUCCAUAGAGUUCAUGAGGUUGGAAAACAGAUGGUUCUAGGCACACUGGAAGAUGUAUUCAAAGCUGAAAUGCUCUCUUCGCUCUCAAGAUUGGCAUCCAAGUCGAUCAUUUUGUUUAGUGACCAGGUGGAAUUACUGCUUCUGUUUUUGGGUGAUGACUCCUCUCCUUCUAUGAAGUCUAUGGCGUUAAAGUAUCUAUGUAUUAUGUUUCGCAGAAAUACCUGCCAUUUUCCUGUUAUUAGGACUGUUUUUGUCAGAUUGUUGCCGCUAAUUGAUGAUGAGGAUUUUCCACUUCACUGUAAGAGCGACGUGUUAAGAAUUCUGCAGAAGGUGUUCUGUGGUAAAGCUCCAAGCAUUCAUCACGACAAUGGUUCUGAGUUAUCUAAGCUUAUUCUGGCUGCUGAAAAUUCUUUACAUUCUUCUUCCUUGGAGAUGCAAGGUACAGCUCUAGAAAUUCUUGUGGAAGUAUUAUGCUUUCUCAAGCAAGCAAGGCCAGAUCUGACCGUAACCACUCUGAAGGGUUCAUCAUUUGCAUACUCUGAGUGCCAAGGAAUUACCAACAUGUCACUAAUUUAUGAAGAAAAUGGUAAGGACAGUCCUCUGUAUAGGAUCAUAACAGCGAUAAUGGAUCAUAGUAUAUCUCUGAUCAAUAAAGUAAUUAGCAAGGAAAGCAAAAAAGUUACUAGCAGAAAUAUCUGUAUAUCAUCUGAACUGAAUAAGAAGUACAAAGCUCUUUUUAGCCUUAUGUUGAAACUUGUUACAUGCUACCCAUCUGCUGCUGCUGUUGCUCUUGAUAAACUAAAAUGCCUGGUAAAAGAACUGGCUCAAAUUAAUGACAGUGAUUACUCUGAAGUAGUUGUUACCUGUGCUGAAUCAUUUCAGACAAGUGUUGCUGUUGCGGAACUGAGCGCUUCAAACGACAAUGUUGAACUGUUAGCUACAAGUAUUGAACCUUCUCUAGUUGAAACAGAUAUUUGGAAGGCAAAACUGGAUUCCACUGAAUUUGAUAGCAAGAAGAGUGAAUCCCUAACGCAUGAUCUAAUUCUUAGCACACUCAAAUCUGCAAAUUCUUGCUACGAUAUGCUUUGUAAAACAUCUGAUGCUAGAUGCGAUCUUCAUGAUUGCAUUAAAGGUUUAAUCGAGUGUGUGCAUCAGAAUGCCUCUCAGUAUUGGAGCACAUAUGAAACCUUCCGGAUGAUAAUGUGUGCCUGUAUUGCAUGGAAUACUUGUAAAAUCAGAGAUAGCAAUCAAGAAUCAGGUGAUUCAAAAGAAGAGCCUAAUAUAUUGUUUACUCCUUCUGUUUGGAUAGCUCAGGAAUUAUGUGCACUUCGAAUGACCAAAAUGCUUAUAACAAAGCAGAAAUAUUGGGAAGCCUAUAGGUCGUCUAUGUACUGUUGUCGUGAAGGUCUCUGGUUCACAGCUUCUUUUGUCUUCAGGAAACUCGCAGAUGCUUUUGAGCUAGGCUCUUUCAGUUUUUGGUUCAAAUCAUUGCUUCUUUUUUCUGCUGGGGAAAUUGAGAUGAAGCUAUUGCUUUUUCCCUCUGCCACUGUAAAGUUAGUUGGUGAGCUAAAAACAGAUGGUGAUCUGAGUGAGGACCUUUACUGUACUGAAACAGAUGCUGACAAUACUCCCAGUGGAUCUCAAGAGUUGCAUGGUUAUCAAGCAAAGAUCACUGGUAUUUGUGGCAGAACAUGGUUAGCAAAUGAUGCCCUUGUAUCAAAUGCCUCUUCAGAUUGUGAAUUCUUUUUCCAGAGGUGGUUCAUUAGCCUCAGAUCAUCAUUUCUUGAGGUCUUAACUGAUGUCCUUGGUAUUCUUAGUGCGCAUUCUUCUGCUUAUGAAGCAAGAGGAGACAAUUUAACUGUAUCUGGAGAGCUUAUCAAAGACCAAGUACUUGCUUUGGCUCAUUGCUCUUUAAGGCUAAGUGACUUGGCAAAGAGUUACGAUAUCCUUGCGGCAUCCCAUAUGGACAUGGAUCAUCAUAGUUUUAGUAGUAUAGCUAGGCUUGCUUUCAUGUGCUCGCUUUUUGCAUUUUGUACUGCGUAUUCUGUGGAUUUCUCAAAGGCGUAUAGAAAUGUAGAGCCCUUCAAACUUCCGAAGAGGUUUUCUCAUGCUUCAAUCCUACAAGAUUUACAUGGAAGACUGGAUGGAUCUGGCAGGCAGAUUGUUUCCCAACUGCGACAAUUCAUGUCCACUUCUUUUGAUGAUCUGGACUGCUUACAGUCCAGCGCAAGAAUGAGUUGUUCAGGUAAUCUCGAAAAGGAUUCUUAUUCUCUUUGCCAUUUCGCUGUGGCAUCUUUGCUUCGUGUAAGUGGGAAUGCUAAAGCUAAAGAAAUAACAAAUGGAGAGGACUGUUUAUCUGCUUUUUAUGAAGGGUUGCAAUUUCUGUCCAGCAUUUUGCAGAAGUUUAUGGAACUGCCUUUCGUGGUUCCCAAGUACUUCUUCAGAGUAAGGCCUUGCCUUGGUGCUGAACUUUACAUGUUUGAUUCAAAUCCUGCGAACAAACACGAAAUAUCAGUAGAGCCUGGUUUCCAUUUGUCUCUGACACUCUGCAUGCAGUGGAAGCGUGUGUUAGAGAGAAACGUGAUUCGCCUCGUGAAAUUUUACUGUAUUUUAGCCGCAAACUCGGAAUCCUGCAUAGACGUAGCAGGGACAAGAAGCAAACAGUUCGAGCCGCACAAGAUCACCGAAAUGGUUGAGCUGAAUACCAAGCUGCUGCAUUACAUAAAGAAUGACCUGAGGAAGUCUUGGGACGAGAAGAAUUUCCAUUCGAGCACGAACAUGGUGACGGCCUUUGCAUGCUUUGAACCAACCGAUAGUGGGCAGGGAUUAUCAAGUUGCCUGCUGAAUGUCUCCUCGUUUCCUGAAGGUUCAUAUCAGAUAAAGUGGCACGCGUGCUGCGUCGACGAGAACGGCUCCUAUUUCGUCCUCCCGCCUCUAAACGAUGGUGUUGUCUUCUCUGUCCGGAAGUCCUGACUGUGUGGCCGCUGUGGUGGUGCUGUCAAUCUUGUUCAACCCUGUUCUAGUCUAUAUCUAUGCCCACAGAUUAACAGAUGCAUGUGGCUGACUGCCUGUGACCUGUGUUGUUAACUUGUUAUUUUUCUUGAGGCUUGUAGGCAGGAAGCCAGCAUGAACUUUAGAACUUAGGAUCUGGCAGGUCUGUAUAUCAAGGCGGGCAACCUGUAUUGAUGAAGCAAAGCUGCCAUAGUUGCAUCACAAGGUCCAGUCCAAACACCAAAAAAUCACAAGGUCCAGCUUGUAAGUUAUCGGCCGGAUUUGCAGUUGAUCUUCACCUCGCUGCUAUUCUGGACAGAAUGAGCAUUGUCUAAUAUAGUUUGCUGGAAGCA